AUGGCUAGAAGAGUGUUUUGUUUAGGUAUCAGUCAUAUAAAGUUGGUGUCUGAUGUCUUAAAGGAAAGUCGCUUCGUUGAUGCUGACUGGUUUGAGUUAGGAAUGGGAUUAAACUUACCUUAUCCUGGCCUGGCAAACAUCAGAGCUAGAUUUACUGAUCCUUCUCAGUGUUUACUGGAGUGCUUGAGCUUGUGGUUGACUUCAGCUAAUAAUCGUACUUGGGAAUCAUUAGCUAGUGCACUUGAGAGAAUGAAUCAAAAACCAGCUGCUACGCUCAUCCGUAAAACAUAUGAUGAUCCUGCUAGUCAGAUAUUCCAGCAUUACAGUGAUAGAAUAUCACAAGUAUCUCUCACUGAUAGCUGUAUCCAGUUGUUGUUUACAGAAGGAUUAAUCACUGAGGAUACACAAAGGAAGAUUGAGAGAUGUGGUGGCUCAUUAAGUGAUACAUUAAGAGAAUUAAUGAUUGCAGUAUCUGAUGAUCACAGUAAGCUGAGGUCACUAGGAAAUAUAUUAAGGGAAUUAGAAGAAACUAAACCUUUAGCUCAAGAUAUUAUUAAAGAUUGUGGUAAGAAUAACAAUGAAAUGAUAGGAUCAGUGACUACAGCCUUAGUUAGACAAGUUACCAAUAGUACAGUCAACCUUUUGCCUACUGCAAACACAACAGUAUCAGCAGGAGAGUUCUUUUUCAAUGCAGCAUAUCGGCCAAUUUUUAAUGAGGUCAGAGGCCAUUUUGGUAUUCUUCGAGAUAAGAUAGUUCCAUUGAUAUCUCAAUCAAAAGCAUCCAUUGAAGAAAUGAAGUCAUUCCUUCAACUAUCCUUCCCUGAAUUGAGUGCUGAGCUGUCUAAUGCUCAUAGUAUUGAGGGCAUCAUGAAUGUUGUUGUGAAGAGUUGCCGAGUCAAUGACAUCUCAAUAAUAAAAAUAAUUGUGCUACGCUUUGAAAUUACUCAAGCUGAAGAUCUUAUAUCGAAAUAUGAAGGCAUAGUCAAGGGAGUCUGUGGCUCAUUAAAAAACUUCCAUAGUCAGAAUCAGCCCAAACAUCUUAGCUAUUACAAUACAAUUCAGUUUACUUUGGGAUGGGAACCAGAUGAGCACUCACUUGAUGACAUACGUAAUCUCUUAGAGGAAGCAUUUAAAGAAUUAAACAAGAGGAUUAUUGUACGAAGCAUUCAUCGUGGGAACUCCAUCAUUAUCAUCUGUUAUGCUCCACAUCAUUUACUAGCUGCUCUUCUUUUGGAAGCACAAGACAACCUAACUGUCUUGAUGAAGGAAUACAGUUUAAUCAGACUAACCAUUGGCCACUACACUGUCUAUGAUAAAAGGAUCAGAUACAAAGUAAUGAAUAAUGAGUGUCUUGCAGAGGAGAUUAAACUAGCUGAUGGAGAGGAACAAGAACUGAGGACUUUACUUGAUUACAAAGAAGGAUCAAUAUUUGAACAAGAGAAUAUCAUCAAAAAAAGAAAAGAGUAUAUUGAAAGGACACUACAGACACCAGAAUCUAAACUGAAAGAGAAGCUACUAACUAGAGGGAAGUUGAUUAAUGAAAUAUUCAAAUCAAAGAAAUCAGAGACUCAGUAUUCCCGAACCUCUCUCCUAAUGAAAGCAGGAAGAGAGGAGGCAUUAGUGGAGUAUAAGAAAAAGAUUGAGUUACUACAAGAAAAUAUAUCAAAAACUAGUGUACAACUUCUGAUGAGUCAAAAAACAACAGUAUACACUAUUUGUAAGUAUCAUGCAAUAAGGAGCUAUGAAUUAUCAUUUGAUAAGGGAGAAGAGCUGGAGAUACAUAGCAGAAAUGGCUAUUGGUGGAGAGGAAGAUCCUUGGUGUCUGGUGAUGAGGGAUACAUUCCUAGUAGUUGUGUUUACUCAAUGCUGGAGUCACUUCAAUUGUUAGAGUUUAUACUGUCAGUGGAAGUAGUGUCCCUUCCUGUUCUACAGAAGAUAAGGAAUGAUUCAUCUAGUAAUGAUGAGAAAGCUUCUCUUUUCUUGGAGACUAUUAAUGAUGAUCCUAUUAUGAUAUCUGCACUGAGAGAAGACAAGAGACAGCAUCAACAAGGUAUGAUUUUAUUUAGUGACUAUUUU